AUGGAUUCUGAAGAAACAAGACCUUAUACGGUUGGUUCUGAUUUCGAUGAAGAGGAGUACAGUAGCGUGUCUUGGGAUACUUCUGCUACAGUUUUGAAACCUGAGGAUUUAGUUGACGCCGAUAUUGACUCUGAAGAAAUUCACGAACAUGUGUCUAGCUCUAUGUUUAACGACUUGGGCGUAUCAACGUUCUCUGUUAAUACUUUAAGUGCCCCAUCUAGAAAUAAAGAACAGGUUACACGUCCGCAGCCAACACACGAAUACGUACCAUCAGUUGAACCUGGGGUAGUUUAUCCUAUGGUGAUAACAGUCACCGACGCAAAAAAAGAACUUGAUGGCACUAAAGAUGCUUUCAUUUCAUAUCUGAUAACCACCAAAACGACCUUGGAGACCUUUUCUACUCCAACAGUCGCCGUCAGACGAAGAUUUCAGGAUUUUGUCUUACUGCACAAUGCCCUCACGAGAGAUUUCGCAGCAUGCGUUGUCCCUCCGUUGCCUGAUAAACAUCGAUUAGAUUUGGGCAAGAAUUUGUUGAAAAACGCAGAGCAAGUCUGCAAAGAAUGUUGGAAAGACUGGCUCGACAUCCGAAUCUACAAAAGAGCGAAUACUUUAGAAUCUUUCUGGAAUCCAGAGAAUGGGCAUAAUAACGAGUCUUUAAAUAGACAGAAAAAGGGUGAUGGUGUUUUGGAAAAUUUAGGCGACGCUCUAUUGAACGCUUUCUCGAAAAUAAAGAAACCGGAUGAUCGCUUUAUCGAUAUGCGAGAAAACGUUGAUAAGCUUGAAGAAAAUUUAGAGACUGUCGAAAGACUAUAUCAGAAAAUAAUAAAAAGACAGACGGACCUGGAAGCAGAUUACCUCGAAUUUGGAUCAAGCAUUGCUGGUCUAGGAAAUCUCGAAACAGGAAUCAAAGAGCAACUAGAAAGAUUCGGUAAGACGAUCGAAAAGUUUUCUGAAGCAUGGAAACAAAUGACGGAGCGGGAGGAACAAGAAUAUAUGACCCAUAUUAGAGAUUUUUUGAAUUAUUGUCAUUGCGUUAAGUAUGUAUUAAAAUUACGAGAUCAAAAACAAGUGGAUUUUGAAGCUCUCUCAGAUUACCUGCAAAACGCCACGAUAGAACGUGAAAAUUUACUGAGUACGGGAAAAUCGUCCACAGGAUUCUCAGCCUAUGUGCGUGAAAAAGUUGAUAAUUUAAAAGGAGUGGAUCACGAACAGGUCAAAAAAGAGAGACUUGAAAAAUUAGAGGCAAAAAUUACUGAGCUUAAAGAAGAAGUUGAGAGCAGCAACGAUAUUUCGAAUUCAUUUUCCAAUGAGGUUGCAAAAGAAUAUGAAGUAUUUCAGGUGGCAAAAAAUGUCGAGUUGAAGGAGUGCUUGCUUGCAUAUACUGAUAGUCACGUGGAAUUUUAUCAAAAGGGUAUUAAUCUUUGGGAAGAAAUUAUUCCAAUGUUAGAAAAGGUCUAA